UAACUCACCUUCCACGUGGCAUUUCCAUUAAAUACACUUCCUUUCAUUUCUCUCUCUCUCUGUUAAUCAAUCAUAACUUCAUCAAUGGCGGUUCUGCUACAUUUCUAAUUACAUUCUUCUUGUGCAAUUUGAUUUGAUUAAUCCAACUUCUUAAUUUCCUUAAUUCUGUUAGUUAGUUACGUUUCCGUUAUAGUUAACAAUGGAGUUGGAGCGCCCAACGACGACGUUUCAUAACUCCUCCGCCAUGACUUUUGAUGAAGUCUCCAUGGAACGUAGUAAGAGCUUCGUCAACGCCUUGCAGGAACUUAAGAACCUGCGGCCUCAACUUUAUUCUGCUGCAGAAUACUGUGAGAAAUCUUAUCUCCAUAGUGAACAGAAACAAAUGGUACUUGACAACCUGAAAGAUUAUGCUGUAAGAGCCCUUGUGAAUGCUGUUGAUCAUCUUGGAACUGUUGCAUACAAGUUAACUGACCUUCUCGAGCAGCACACAUUGGAUGUCUCAACUAUGGGUUUGAAGGUCUCUACAAUAAAUCAGAAACUUCAUACUUGCCAAAUUUACACGGAUAAAGAAGGUCUUCGGCAGCAGCAAUUGCUGGCUUUCAUUCCCAGACAUCAUAAGCACUAUAUUUUGCCAAAUUCUGUCAAUAAAAAGGUGCAUUUCAGUCCACACAUACAGAUCGAUGCAAAACAGAAUUCAUUUCAGACCAGAACUCGUUUUCAAUCUUCAGGUACCCCUCCAGCAAAAACUCUUUCAUGGCAUUUAGCAUCAGAGACUAAGUCUACAUUGAAAGGGACUCCGCAGGCUUCCCCAAACAUCGAGAACCCAAAGUUUGCUGCCAAGGCCUCUGGAUAUUUCCAUCUUUUAGAUAAUGAAGAGAGCACUUGGAUGAAAUCGUCACCAGCACAUACUCACUUGCCGAAUGGAGUUCCUACUUCUACUAUACCUGUGCAAACAUUGGGCGGCACACGCAGGGAUGCAUUGGAUGGUUCCAAACCAAUAGCAGGGUUCAGGUCAUUUGACAACGCAUAUCGCCGCGAGUCUUCCCAAACCCCUACUCGCAGCAGAAGUGUGCUAUCAGCUUUCUUUGUCAAGCAGAAAACGCCAAAACUGAAGACUGGUUCUUUCUCAUGAUUCAUAAUACCACCUAAGGAUGUGUAGAUGUACUGUUUUUUAGAUAAAAAGAUUGGAGUUAUUCCUUUAUUCUACCUGGAUGCUUAAUUCUUUUUCCUUGAACUAUGCCUCCACUCAGAAUUAAUUAGCUUCUGGUUCAAGCCUUUGAAUAAUGAUAUUGUAUAGUAAUUGGCAAUGAUAAUGGCUGGGAUCUUGACCUUCUACUCAUCAAUGUUACCCCUGUGAAUUGUGAUCUAUAUAUACCUAUUAUUUUUCUUUUUUUACUUUGUGA